AUCCACAACCUUGCGUCCUACUCGAACGAGGACCAGACAUCUCGACCGCAACACUUACCGGCAACGUUAUUGAUCGGCUUCGUCGAGUAAAUGAACCGAGCCGACCUCGCCGUGCCUCGGCACCGGGUCACGAGCGGGUCUCCUCCGCACUUUCCUCCGGGCGGACCUUUCCCAAAACAGGCUAGCGUGAAGCGGCGGGCAACCUCGGCACAAGGCCCAUUGUCCUGGCAAGCCCGGGUUCAAGAUGGCUGAUUCCCCAGACCGUAUUUGCGACGCCACCACGCCUCCUUCCGUCCAAUUUCUCCUAGAACAGCGCAUCUGCUUGUGACUUUGGGUUUUGCUUCGCUUUUGAUACCACUGUGUUUGCAAAUCAGUCGACGCCAUGGCUUCUCCUCAGAAAAUCCGCACCGAGAUCACUGAUCUUUUUAAGAUCAACCACCCCAUCCUCCUCGCCGGCAUGAACGUUGCCGCCGGUCCCAAGCUGGCCGCGGCGGUCACAAAUGCCGGUGGUCUGGGUGUGCUGGGCGGCAUCAACUACACUCCCGAGAUGCUGAAGGAUCAAAUCGACGAGCUCAAGUCGCAUCUGCAUGAUAAGAAGGCGCCUUUUGGUGUCGACCUGCUGUUGCCCCAGGUCGGCGGCAAUGCGCGGAAAACCAACUACGACUACACCAAGGGCAAGCUUGACCAGCUCAUCGACAUCAUCAUAGAGUCGGGCGCCAAGCUCUUCGUCUCGGCCGUCGGCGUUCCCCCCAGGCACGUCGUCGAGAAGCUGCACAAGAACGGCAUCAUCUACAUGAACAUGAUCGGCCACCCCAAGCACGUCAAGAAGUGCCUGGACCUCGGCGUCGACAUCAUCUGCGCCCAGGGAGGCGAGGGUGGCGGCCACACGGGCGACAUCGCGACCACCGUCCUGAUCCCCGCCGUCGUGCAGGCCGUCAAGGGCCACAAGUCGCCGCUCACCGGCAGGCCGGUGCAGGUGAUUGCCGCAGGCGGUAUCCACAACGGCCAGCUGCUGGCGGCUGCGCUGAUGAUGGGCGCCAGCGCCGUCUGGGUAGGCACCCGCUUCGUCCUCUCCGAGGAGGCCGGCGCGCCCGAGUCGCACAAGGAGGCCGUGCGCACCGCGAGCUUCGACGACACCGUCCGCACGCUCAUCUUCACGGGCCGCCCGCUGCGCGUGCGCAAGAAUCCGUACAUCAUGAACUGGGAGGAGGAGCGCCAGCAGGAGAUCAAGGAGCUCACCUCCCAGGGCAAGCUUCCCUACGAGGCCGACCUGGAUAAGGUCAUGUCGGGCGAGGCCGAGCAGACGCCCGCCCUCAAGGGCUUGAAGGAGAGCGCCGGUGACGAUGUCGACGUCGAGGACCUGCUCGACCAGUUCCGCCCUUUCCUCAUGGGCCAGUGCGCCGCGGUCUGCAACGACAAGAAGCCGGCGAAGCAGAUUGUGGACGAGUUCAUCGACGACGCGACCGCGUGCCUCAAGCAGGGCAACUCGUACCUCGCGCGGGAGUCGAAGCUAUAAGACGCUAUAGAUGGAGGGAAGUGUAUUUAUAGUUGGAGUUUUAUAAUGAGCCCAUUGUUUUGAUCUGAUACCAU